AUGAAGGAUGGGAUGGAUGGUCAGAUGCAUGGUGGGAUGAAUGGUGGGAUGCAUGAUGGGAUGCAUGGUGUGAUGCAUGGUGGGAUGCACGGUGGGAUGGAUGGUGGGAUGCAUGGUGGGAUGGAUGGUGGGAUGCAUGGUGUGAUGCAUGAUGGGAUGCACGGUGGGAUGGAUGGUGGGAUGCAUUGUGGGAUGCACGGUGGGAUGGAUGGUGGGAUGCAUGGUGGGAUGGAUGGUGGGAUGCAUGGUGGGAUGGAUGGUGGGAUGCAUGAUGGGAUGCACGGUGGGAUGGAUGGUGGGAUGCAUGGUGGGAUGGAUGGUGGGAUGCAUGGUGGGAUGCAUGGUGGGAUGGAUGGUGGGAUGGAUGGUGGGAUGGAUGGUGGGAUGCAUGGUGGGAUGCAUGAUGGGAUGCACGGUGGGAUGGAUGGUGGGAUGCAUGGUGGGAUGGAUGGUGGGAUGCAUGGUGGGAUGGAUGGUGGGAUGGAUGGUGGGAUGGAUGGUGGGAUGCAUGGUGGGAUGCAUGAUGGGAUGCACCGUGGGAUGGAUGGUGGGAUGCAUUGUGGGAUGCAUGGUGGGAUGGAUGGUGGGAUGCAUGGUGUGAUGCAUGGUGGGAUGCAUGGUGGGAUGCAUGGUGGGAUGGAUGGUGGGUUGGAUGGUGGGAUGGAUGGUGGGAUGCAUGGUGGGAUGCAUGAUGGGAUGCACGGUGGGAUGGAUGGUGGGAUGCAUUGUGGGAUGCAUGGUGGGAUGGAUGGUGGGAUGCACGGUGGGAUGGAUGGUGGGAUGCAUGGUGGGAUGCAUGAUGGGAUGCACGGUGGGAUGCAUGGUGGGAUGGAUGGUGGGAUGCAUGGUGGGAUGCAUGAUGGGAUGCACGGUGGGAUGGAUGGUGGGAUGCAUGGUGGGAUGCAUGGUGGGAUGGAUGGUGGGAUGCAUGGUGGAAUGGAUGGUGGGAUGCAUGGUGGGAUGCAUGGUGGGAUGCAUGGUGGGAUGCAUGGUGGGAUGCACGGUGGGAUGCACGGUGGGAUGCAUGGUGGGAUGCAUGGUGGGAUGCAUGGUGGGAUGGAUGGUGGGAUGCAUGGUGGGAUGCAUGAUGGGAUGCACGGUGGGAUGGAUGGUGGGAUGCAUUGUGGGAUGCAUGGUGGGAUGGAUGGUGGGAUGCAUGGUGUGAUGCAUGGUGGGAUGCAUGGUGGGAUGCAUGGUGGGAUGGAUGGUGGGAUGGAUGGUGGGAUGGAUGGUGGGAUGCAUGGUGGGAUGCAUGAUGGGAUGCACGGUGGGAUGGAUGGUGGGAUGCAUUGUGGGAUGCAUGGUGGGAUGGAUGGUGGGAUGCACGGUGGGAUGGAUGGUGGGAUGGAUGGUGGGAUGCAUUGUGGGAUGCAUGGUGGGAUGCAUGAUGGGAUGCACGGUGGGAUGGAUGGUGGGAUGGAUGGUGGGAUAAAAGGUGGGAUGCAUGGUGGGAUGCAUGAUGGGAUGCACGGUGGGAUGGAUGGUGGGAUGCAUUGUGGGAUGGAUGGUGGGAUGGAUGGUGGGAUGCAUGGUGUGAUGCAUGGUGGGAUGCAUGGUGGGAUGCAUGGUGGGAUGGAUGGUGGGAUGGAUGGUGGGAUGGAUGGUGGGAUGCAUGGUGGGAUGCAUGAUGGGAUGCACGGUGGGAUGGAUGGUGGGAUGCAUUGUGGGAUGCAUGGUGGGAUGGAUGGUGGGAUGUACGGUGGGAUGGAUGGUGGGAUGGAUGGUGGGAUGCAUUGUGGGAUGCAUGGUGGGAUGGAUGAUGGGAUGCACGGUGGGAUGGAUGGUGGGAUGGAUGGUGGGAAGGAUGGUGGGAUGAAUGGUGGGAUGGAUGGUGGGAUGAAUGGUGGGAUGGAUGGUGGGAUGAAUGGAGGGAUGCAUGGUGUGAUGCGUGGUGGGAUGCAUGGUGUCAUCCAUGACGGCUUCGCCUUCGUCAUCGCCUUCUGCGCCAAUUGCGUCACGCGGCGGUUCGACAGGGCUUGA